AUGGUGGAGAAUCAGAGAUCCCUCAAUUCUUUUGAAAGAAGGGAUGACCCUGAAGCGGAUGCCUUAGAUGAUCCUAUAGAGCAAUACAGAGCACACAGUGUGCACAGAUCCAGGUCAUGUGACUUCCUUGAUGAUGGUGACUGUACAGCCAUAUUAAUAAAGAUGGAGGCAUCGGAUGAGGAAGACGUGAUGGUGGUGGAGGAACCAGAGACAGACUAUACGGCAAGUCCUACCAACCACAAAUCCAACUUGCAUCAUCAUACAUAUCCAAAUAAACCUAACAACCUUUCAUCCUACAAAUCAUCAGUUCUUAUGGACCCUGACAGUGACACAUCUGAUGAAGACCGUCAUUUCAGGAAGACCUACAGCCGCAAAUCAAGGUGUCAAAGGAGAGACAAAGGCAACAAACUCUCAACAGGCAAAGACGGGGAGAGCAGUGAUGUGGAAUUCUCAGCGGCAGAUUAUAGAAGUGGAGAUAGCAGUGACACUGAUCAGGCUGGAGACUGUGCAAGCAGAGACAGUUCCAAGACAGGACUGGGAUCUCCUGAGCGAUCUUUGGAAGAUGAUCCCGACCAAUCUCUAAGUCCACAUAUGUCACUAAUCAUCAAAGAGGAGCCAUCUUCCUCGGAUGACGAACAUUUUGAAACUAUAGCUGUAAAAAUGAAGGCGGACCCAAAUUUGCCGGAAGUGAACCCUUACUCUACAGAGAAAUCCACUCAUAUGGAUACCAUGUCUAUAAUUAAUGCAGAUGGCACGGUUACGUAUAUCAAAAAGGAGUCGUCGUUGGAGGAAGUUGAUGGCUACCGUGAAGUGGGGGGUCCCAGAGAAUGCAGUCGUCUAAAGAAGGUCUCUGACUCCAGCAGCCAAAAACGUCCAGGAGGUGCCGAAUGGUUGUCCGAUCUUCCAGAGGAAAAGUCCCGAGCAGGAUGGUCAAAAAAGCACCAAAGGGCUGCUGGGGCAGGUAAUCCGUUCACGUGCAUGCUCUGCGCUAAAUCCUUCGCUUGUAAUUCAGCCCUUGAAACCCACAGCCGCAUCCACACAGGUGAAAAGCCGUUCUCGUGUUCCAAAUGUGGUAAAAGGUUCAUGAGAAUCACCGGACUACGUGCCCAUGAAAAGGUCCACACUCGAGAGCGGCCGUUUCAGUGCUCCGAGUGUGGCAGGUGUUUUUCUUCCGAAUCCCAUUUUGUGAAGCAUCAGAUGAUUCACACAGCGAGGUCUUCGAGUCCGGAUUGUGAGGGAGGCGUUGAGAGUGUCCCGGAAUUUGCCGAUCAGGUGAAGGUUCAAGCCCAAGAAGAGCCAUAUCCUUGCUUGGAAGGUGGGGCAUUGGCCAGCCAGGGGGAUCUGACCCGCCCUUGCAGAACUCUACCAGUGGAGAAGGCAUUUUCGUGCCUGGAGUGUGGCAAAUGUUUCGAGUUGAGGUCCUCUCUACUCUUGCACCAGAAAACCCACCGAGAAAAGCAGCAACUGCCCUGCCCUUUUUGUAGUAAAUGUUUCCCGAGCCGCUCUCAUCUUGAGCGCCAUGAACGGAUUCAUACGGGAGAGAAACCUUUCUCGUGUUCCUACUGCGACAAAAAGUUCGCCAACCGCUCUUCUGUUGCUGUCCAUCAACGGAUCCACACGGGGGAGAAGCCAUAUUCUUGCUCGGCAUGCGGAAGGUGCUUCACCGAUCUCUCCGGCCUUGUCGUCCAUAAAAGGAAACAUGAGCGAGUGAUAGACAACGCUUGA